CCCGGACCUCCUGGAGCACCAGGAGAGCCAGGAGAAGACGGGCUUCCAGGACCACCCGGUCCAAAAGGUCCUCGUGGACCUAAUGGUGAUCGCGGACCGAUGGGAAGCCCUGGUAAGCCAGGGCCGCCUGGAUCGUCUGGACCACCCGGCGAACGAGGCAUUUGUCCAAAGAACAUUAUAAAUCAACAACAAAUGAAAGAUGCUUCUAGAUAA